AUGUCUCAGGCUGAUUUCUGGAUACUGUCGAUUCCUUCUAAUGGGGGAGCAAAUAGCGAUUUACAGGAUGAUCUUGAUUACUCUUUAGUUGCAGGAUCAACCAAACUCGCGCAGACGAUUGGCCCCUUCAAUGUGCCUCUGUUCAAAGUAGAAAGCUUAGAUGUUUUGAUUAAUCAGAAUGAACAACUCGCCAAGCAAGACACUCAAUUCUCUGCUGCGCUUUCUAAAAUUACUGAAGUCAUUAAAUCCUUGGUAUCUCCUGCUUCAGAAGAAUUGAAAGACUACUUUUUGGUUGAUGGAAAAACCCCGUUAGAGUAUAUCACUUCCUUUCAAUGGAAUGCUUCUCGCUUUCGUAUAAGCAACAGUAUUACAGAUAUCCUACAAAGUCUUACUAGUGAAGUGCUUACUCUUGAAAAUGACGUUCGCACUAGACAGAGCAACUUUCAACAGGCUAGUAAUGCUUAUCAAUCUGUUCAAAAGAAGAAAAGUGGAAAUUUGUCACAAAAAUCUUUGGCCAGUAUAGUCCGUAAAGAAGAUGUUCUCGUUGACUCUGACUACAUGAAAAAUGUUUUUGUUGCUGUGCCAUUGAACGCCGAAAAGAAAUUCCUAAGUUCGUAUGAAACUCUAGCAAACUUGGUAAUUCCACGAUCUGCUCAAAAACUUUCUCAAGACGGCGAGUAUGCUUUGUAUACGAUUAUUGUUUUCAAAAAGUCUGCUGAAGAAUUUAUCUCAAAGCUUCGAGAACAAAGAUACGUGGUUCGUGAUUUUGCCUUUGAAUCCGGACUCCGUGAAAGCGAGCAAAACGAAUUUGACGAUGCUGCUGAAAAAGAAAAGCAUGUCCGUUCCUCUUUACUACGGUACGCAAAAAUCGCAUUUUCAGAAAUUUUCCAACAUUGGGUUCAUUUAAAAUGCCUCUCGGUUUACGCGGAAAGCGUAUUACGCUACGGUCUGCCUCCAGAUUUUUCUUCUGUAGUUUUUCAACCUAUCGAGAAAGCGGAAAAGAAAAUAAAGGUAAUCCUAAAUCAGAGAUACUCCUAUUUAGAACAAAACACGAGUAGGAAUUCUAAAACCUCUGACGAUAUGAAUGCAAACUUGGAUGAAAGUAUGGCUGGGCUUAAUUUGCACGAAGAGUAUUUACCUUAUGUACUAUUUUCUAUUCCAACAAAGUCUUUUAAUUAUUAG